AUGUCUGACCUGGUUCAGACCACCUCUGACAGUCUGUGUAAACUCGUCCGCUGGGCUCACAGCCACGGCACCAUCUGCAACCUCAUCCCCAGCCUGCAGCACCUCACCCGGGGUUCUUAUGUUAAUCUACUGACACCAGAACCCGGUCCCCAUAGCAGCACGGUCCCUGUUGCCAUUUGGGGCUGUGGCGCCGGACACGCCUACCACUGGCCCCUCACUGACCACAGCAAAAGCUGCGCAGGCUCAAUGAAUACCGGGACAGGCCAGGGACAGAGGUUUGUUGGAGGCCGUCCUCCAAAUAAGGUGGCAGCGAGGACAUCAUGUGACCUCUCCUGCAGCGAAGCCGCAUCAGAAGGGGAGGAGUUCAGCAGCCGACUGUUUGACAUCGCUGGAUGUGAUUCAUCAGCCACAGAUGAGGAUGGCGACUACGAGCCCCGCCCAUCCAGAAAAAGAGACUGUGCACCGGGAGGAGGGGCGGCGGGGAAAAAGGUCAAGCAGGAAGCGACCUCAGCAGAGGAUUAUGACACUGUUGCUAGCAUGGGGUUGGCAGAGACAGAUGCUGUCAACUUUUCACAGGCUUGUCAGGCAACAAGCACACACUCUCAGUUCACUCGCAUACAGUUGCCCAACAAACCACUCCCACCCUGCCCUCAGCCCCAGCAUGGGCACAAUCUGGCCUGUGAGGGGUCAGUGGACCCAGAGCUGGAGCUGCUGGUUGGAGGCAGCUGCACGAGAGGGACUGCAGAGCAAGCCGAGAGAUGCAGCUCCAUCACAGAGUCUACACAGAGGACUGCAGCUGCAGGCAGCCAGAGUGAGCUGGAGAGACUGCGAGCGUUACUGUGUGCAGAACGCAGCCGUAACCUGCAGAUGACAGAGAUGAUCUCCAGUCUGAAGCAGGACAAAGAGCUGCUGCAGCAUGAACUCACUAAGAAAGCCGAACUCAUCUGUGACUUCCUGCAGGACAGACUGCGGCCAGAGAAGAGGUGGCCUCGUUGCUCUAAUCAGACGGACCCGGGAAGUUCGAACAUGACCUCCUCUGACGAAGUGGCAGGGUUUGAUUCGCCAACACUAUUUGACUCUUUCGAGGAAAUGGAGCUUCACCCUCUGGAGCAUCACAGGACCCUGAGGAGCAAGAGGAGCCGGGAAGGAGAAAACACCAGAGUCAGGAUGAAAAAUGUGGUGGGUGUGAUAGCACGCUACAUGGCCGCCCUGCAAGAGUUUCGGCGCAGCGUCUCCAUGAAGGUGGCCUUUGACCGGGUCGGGGUGGACCGCAACACGAUCUCGCGCACGGCGGCCAUAGCCGAGCUCAGCCUGGCCGCUCCGGAGGUGUUUCAUGCGUUGGCACCAUGGGAUGAGAAGGAGGAGACGCUGGCGCAUUAUGCUCACCGCUGUCGACAGGCGAUGGAUGACACCAUUAAGGCCAAGAUCAAAACGAUGAAGGCGAAAGGAGAACUGCUGCCAAUUGUGUCAAAGUGACAAAUAGUUACAGGUAUUUGGCGGACUGACUCCCUGUGACUGAAUCGGAGGCCUACGAUGCACAGUCUUGUACAAAUUAAAAGAAAAUCCAACACAAACAUAAAUCACCAGGUCAGAGAAAGGCCCAUCCUUGGAUUCUCCUCUUGUACUGUUAGAUACUGUGCCAUCUUAGUCUGUGAUGCUCAGCUUAUUCCAGGAGUUAUAUCGCAUGGUUGCUGUAAUUUAUUUAUUUUUUUUGUACCAGCAUUUUCAUCAUCUCAUGUACUUCUUAUCCUAUCAUGUGGCUGCAUUACAUGCUGGCCACAUUUCUACUACUGUGGGUGUGGAAAUACUGAAGGUCUUUCUGCCUCCUGUCCAGACGAUUUCUUCUUGUAUAGUUGUGAAACAGCCGUGAAAAAUUGUGACUGGAAAGAAUAAGCUUGUGGUCUUAGGUCCUGUAUGACUGUCACCAGAACCAUUAUUUUAUAUUGCAAUUAGAACAACUCAGAAUUCAUAACAAAGUUCCAGCAUGGUUCAUUUUCACUGCAGCAUCGUCACGAAGCGAUCUCUAACAGUCACUCAAACCAGUUUAUAAUGAAUUGGUUGCAGUAAAUAGUUUGAUCUAGUGAGGAACUUGUGCUUAGUAUUCAAGGUUCAGUGACUCAAAAAAUGUUUUUUAUGCAUGGUAAUAUACAGUAUUUAUUCUGGUGUGUGUUGUUUUGUGUGCUGCUGACCACUGUUUUACAAUAAACCACCAAAAACAGAGUAUUAGGAGUUAAACAAGUCAAUGUGUCUUUGUUCAUUAACAGGGCAUGGUAUAAAAAAGCCAAUUGAAGGCAUUCAAGUGGAGCCUGUGGCUCAUCUCAGAGCAGAGCCCUGUUCACAUUUACACUGAGCAUGAGUCAUUUUAAAUCAUUGAUAAAA